AUAAUGUGUUUCCAGCAGAAAACACUCAGAAUAAAGUGAGAUGAUCUGCUGAUGAUCCUGAAUGGCUUGUUGAAUGAGUGUUGAUAGUCUGAGGAUCAUCAAUAUUAACAGAUCUGCUGAAAACACUCUUUAUUUCAUGACAAUAGUUCCUGUUUUCACCUCAUUUAUUAUGCUGAUGUCUUCACAGCUCCUGUAAAUGGACACUUAAAGCUCAUUUUAUUAGUGUCAGACUGAGGGGAUUUGGUGAUCAGCUCCUCCCUCUAGAAUUUACCAAAAUUGAAGUCCCUCCCACAUCAGUCACAUCACCAGCGAAGCUCCGCCCACUGCGAUUCUCCUAUAAAUGCUGGAAUAUUCCCAUCAUCUACAAGUGAAGUUGAGCAAAGACUGAGUUUAUUAAAGAGGACAGUGAGAACAUGAGUGAUCCAGAACCCUGCAGAAUGAAACACACUGAAGAUCCUGAAGAACAAAGAGACCUGAUGGACGAGAACGAGGAGAGUGAAGAACACUUGCGUCGCUCAAAGAAUAAACAGACAAUUUUAAAUAAAAGAAAAAGUUUCACACGCAAAGAACAUCUUGAGGUUCACAUGAGAGUUCACACUAAAGAGAAACCGUUCUCAUGCGAUCUAUGUGGGAAGAGUUUCACACAAUUAGCAAACCUUAAGGGUCACAUGAGGAUCCACACCGGAGAAAAGCCGUUCACAUGUGAUCAGUGUGAAAAGAGAUUCUCACACAAAAAAACUCUUAAGCUUCACAUGAUGACCCACACUGGAGAGAAACCAUUCUCAUGCGAUCAGUGUGGGUCGAGCUUCACACAAAACUCACAUCUUAAUGUUCACAUGAUGAUCCACGCUGGAAAGAAGCCGCACACAUGUGAUCAGUGUGGGUCGAGCUUCACACGAAAAGAAAGUCUUAAUGUUCACAUGAGGAUCCACACUGGAGAAAAGCCGUACGCAUGCUAUCAGUGUGGGAAGUGUUUCCGUCAAUCAUCAUACCUUAAGAUUCACAUGAGGACCCACACCGGAGAGAAGCCGUACACAUGCGAUCAGUGCGACAAAACAUUUCUUAAUGCAUCAAACCUGAAGAAACACCUGACAGUUCAUACGGAGGAGAAGCCGUAUUCAUGUUCUGUGUGUGGAAAGAGUUUUUCACUGCUGCAAUAUUUACAUGUACAUCAGAAAUUUCACACUGAUGUGAGAGAAUACAUGUGCUUUGAGUGUGAGAAGACUUUUACUACAGCUGAUCAAUUAAAACUGCACCAGAGGAGCCACACUGGAGAAAAAAAUUACAAGUGUUCACACUGUGACAAGGGAUUCAGUCGGUCAUCAGAUCUAAAAGCGCAUGAGAGGAUCCACACUGGAGAAAAACCUUACAUGUGUUCACACUGUGACAAGAGAUUCAAUCACUCAUCACAUCUGAAAACACAUGAGAAGAUCCACACUGGAGAAAAACCUUACAAGUGUUCACACUGUGACAAGAGAUUCAGUCAGUCAUCACAUCUGAAAACACAUGAGAAGAUCCACACUGGAGAAAAACCUUACAAGUGUUCACACUGUGACAAGAGAUUCAGUCAGUCACAACAUCUGAAAACACAUGAGAAGAUCCACACUGGAGAAAAACCUUACAAGUGUUCACACUGCGACAGAAGAUUCAGUCAGUCAGGAAAUCUGAAAACACAUGAGAUGAUCCACACUGGAGAAAAACCUUACAAGUGUUCACACUGUGACAAGAGAUUCAGUCAGUCACAACAUCUGAAAACACAUGAGAUGAUCCACACUGGAAAGAAGCCGCACACGUGUGAUCAGUGUGGAAAGAGUUUUGCUUUGAAACGCUACGUGGAGAUUCACAUGAAGGUCCAUGCAGUGGAGAAACCACUUAGGCUGCGUUUACACUGCAAGUCCUAAUGCACAG